AAAAGAGAUUAGUUGGAGAGCUAAAUCAUCAAACAAUGCUUCAAGAAGCCUGUGAAGCUGUAUCAGGAAACCAGUGAAGCAGGCAGAAGACGAUGAACAGUAGUUGCAAACGUUAGAUUCGAAGUCCCAAAACUCAAGAACAAAACCGUUAUGGAAUCUCGAUAAGACGAGGUAGGAGAACACAAAUCAUAAAGAAUCACGUGAAUACAGCGAAAUUGAACGAACAAGUUUUGUAGAGGGAAGUGAGAUAGUGGAGGCUUUUUGCAAAUCUGUGUUUGGGGGUUGUAAAACCACAAACAUGAGUUGUACUUUGUCCUCUUCAAUAUCAUAUGUUGGCUCAUUUUGCGGAAACAUUCGAUUCAAAAACCUAAACUAUUUAGUCACUGAACCUUUUGCUAGAAUUGGUAAUUCCAACACUAAAGCUAAACUCCAAAGGUCUCAUGAUGAUGUGAUCUCUAGCCACCUUGUUCCCAGAUCCUUGGGUGAAUUGCCUGCAUUACAGAAAGAAUUGAAGGUAUCAGUUCAGAAAUCAGAGAAAAUACGAACACUGCUGAUUGAUAACUAUGACAGUUACACAUACAAUAUAUUUCAAGAACUGACUGUUGUCAAUGGGUUGCCUCCCCUGGUGGUUAAAAAUGAUGAAUGGACGUGGAGAGAGUUUUAUCAUUACAUGUAUGAAGAAAAUGCCAUCGACAACAUAGUUAUAUCACCUGGACCUGGAUCUCCAACAUGCCCCUCAGAUAUAGGACUUUGCCUGAGGCUGUUGCUUGAGUGUAGUGAUAUCCCUAUUUUAGGAAUCUGCCUUGGUCACCAGGCUCUAGGAUAUGUGCAUGGCGCUCGGGUUGUCCAUGCACCUGAACCUGUCCAUGGACGUUUGAGUGAUGUUGCACACAAUGGUUCCAAGCUAUUCCAUAAGAUCCCCUGUGGAAUAAAUUCUGGAUUUAAGGUGGUUCGAUACCAUUCUUUAGUUAUAGAGCCUGAAUCACUUCCAAGGGAACUAAUUCCUAUUGCUUGGACACCAACCUCUGAGACCACACCUUUCAUAAGAAGCUCUCAAUCUGAUUUAUAUACUCAUGCAUGUGACGGGGUGAAUGGGAGUAAAGUUUAUGUUGGACCUUUAUCCAAAGAUUUUAGAAAUGAAAGGUUAUUUUUCUCUUGUGAUACUGAAAAGAUUCCAGCUGGACAAAUCCUUAUGGGCAUCAAGCAUUCCAGCAGGCCUCAUUAUGGACUGCAGUUCCAUCCAGAGAGCGUUGCAACGUGCUAUGGAAAGCAGAUUUUCAAGAAUUUUGCCGAGAUAACCAAGGGUUACUGGCUGAGGUUGAAUUCCCCCAUUAGUGAGAAAAAUACCACUUAUGCUGAAUGCUUGCAGGCGCCUAAAGUGGACCAGAUACUCAAAGAUGCUUCAAGAGGAGGCAACAUAGGGACUAAUUUGGGUGAGAAGAAAAACACCUGUACGCAGAGCAUCAUAAAUUCUUCACAUCCCGGCUAUAAUGUAAAAUAUUUGAAGAUGAGAUGGAAAAAGCUUGAUUACCUGGCCAGCCAAAUUGGGGGAUCUAAGAAUAUAUUCUGUGAGCUAUUUGGUGGUCAGAAUACUGCAAACACAUUUUGGCUGGAUAGUUCCUCAACAGAGAAGGAAAGAGCAAGGUUUUCAUUCAUGGGCAUAAAGGGUGGGUCCCUGUGGAAGCAUGUUUCGUUUAGGUUAUCAGGUGAACGAGGCGAAGCUUAUAAAGGAGGUGGCCAGUUAACUGUAGAGGAUGCUAGUGGCUAUCUUCAAACUUCAUAUCUAGAGGAUGGAUUUUUGGAUUAUUUGAAUAAGGAGCUUGGGUCAUUUUGCUAUGAUGAAAAAGAUUAUGAAGGAUUGCCAUUUGACUUCUAUGGUGGCUAUGUCGGUUAUAUAGGGUAUGAUCUUAAAGCUGAAGCUGGCAGAGACACUAAUCGUCACAAAUCAAGGGCCCCAGAUGCUUGUUUUUUCUUUGCAGAUAAUGUUAUAGUUAUUGAUCACCACCAUGAUAAUAUCUACAUCGUAUCGCUUUAUGAAAGAAAUACAAAUACUUCCCCUUGGUUGGAUGAUAUUGAGAAAAAGCUUCUCCUCUUAAAAUCUUCAGACUCUAAGCCACAUACUCCAAACACAUCUCAAGGUUUAGAGGUCUAUCUGGCAAAAAAAUGUUUUUCUGCAGAGAAGUCUAGAGAGCAGUACAUAAAAGAUAUUGAAAAGUGUCAAGAUUAUAUCAGGGAUGGAGAAAGUUAUGAGUUGUGUCUUACAACUCAGUUGAGAUUGAGUAUAGGGGAAAUUGAUUCCCUAGGACUUUAUGUUAGUCUUAGAGUUAAAAAUCCAGCACCAUAUGCUGCAUGGCUUAAUUUUUCAAGGGAAAAUGUAUCAAUAUGUUGUUCGUCCCCCGAGAGGUUCAUGCGAUUGGACAGAGAUGGGGUUCUGGAAGCAAAACCCAUAAAAGGGACAAUAGCUCGUGGUUCAACCCCAGAGGAAGAUGAAUUGCUUAAACUAAGACUACGACACAGUGAAAAGGAUCAGGCCGAAAAUUUGAUGAUUGUUGACCUCUUGAGGAAUGACCUUGGGCGUGUAUGUGAGCCUGGCUCAGUCCAUGUCCCCCACCUUAUGGAAAUCGAAUCAUACGCAACGGUCCACACAAUGGUUAGCACAAUACGGGGACAGAAGCGGUCAGAUGUCACUGCAAUUGAUUGUGUGAAAGCCGCAUUCCCAGGUGGGUCAAUGACCGGGGCACCAAAGCUGAGAUCAACGGAAAUUCUCGACUGUCUUGAGAGUUGUUCCAGGGGCAUUUACUCUGGCUGCAUCGGCUUCUUCUCAUACAACCAAACAUUUGAUCUCAACAUUGUCAUUAGAACAGUUGUGAUACACGACGGUGAAGCCUCCAUUGGAGCAGGAGGGGCAAUCACGGCCAUGUCAAGUCCUGAAGAUGAGUAUGAAGAAAUGGUUUUGAAAACUAAAGCUCCUAGAGAUGCUGUUAUUGAGCACAUUUAGGGUGGAUAACAACAUGGGUGGGUCAUUUCAACUUUAAGAGGAAGUUGUGUUACUGUGAGUAUUUUCUCAGAGUGUACUGCGAGUAUUAUUCAGCGUCGACAGUAAUGCUCUCAGAACAUUAGGUUCUCAGAACAUUUUAUUCUAUUUUCACACAGAAAGAGUGUAAAAGGUGCUGUGUAAAAGGCUGUGGUGUUGGGUGUUACAGAUAACUUUAGGUUCUCAGAACAUUUUAUUCUAUUUUCACACAGAAAGAGUGUAAAAGGCGCUGUGU